CACCGCGACCCUAACUUUACACAACUGAAAUCCAUGUUUCAAAACAAAUGGACGUUUGUGCGUUUGACUAGUUUUUGGAGUUGGGUAUUUCCCAGCGAGGGCUUUUUUUUGGGGCAGAUGCUGAUAUUUUCGUUCGAAAAAUGAGCUUAUAAAUAAUUCAGGAUCAAGGAAUGGAAGAUGAUGUUCGUUUAUUGGCCGGCAUUAGUUGUUGCCGGAAUUCUCGUGAAAAUUGCAACGGCCUGUCCGGUUUCUUGUUCCUGCAAAUGGAAAAAUGGGAAGCAGACAGUGAUCUGUAACGGGAAAGGUUUGUUGGAUAUUCCUGAUGGACUAGACCCCGGCACUCAAGUGCUGGAUUUUUCCGGAAACUUUAUGAGCAAUCUUGCCGACGAACUAUUCAGCAACAAACAACUGAUUAACUUGCAAAGAAUUUAUUUGUCGAAUUGUCAAAUAAAAAUAAUAAACGAGAAAACUUUCAAGGGUUUAACAAACUUGGUGGAGCUGGAUUUAUCACGGAAUUUGUUGGAGACCGUGCCGACGAGCUCAUUUAUGGACUGUCCUUCAUUAAUGAGAUUAACGUUGAGCUCGAACCCCCUAACAGUUUUAGAAAGGUUGGCUUUCAAUCAUCUGUCGUUCCUCAACACCCUCGAACUCGACAACUGCAAGCUAGUCGAAAUAGAAGAGGGCGCUUUCCAGGGCCUCCACAGCCUCGAGUGGCUCCUUCUGGACGACAACAAGCUGAAAACAAUACGCGGUCCCGAAACACUUCCGCCGAAUCUAAAGGGAGUGGAGCUCCGAGGGAAUCCCUGGGAGUGCGAUUGUCACAUCAAAGAUCUUCACGUCUGGCUGAAAAACUCCAACGUUCCCAUCGCCGUGGAGCCGACUUGCCGUGGUCCUCCCCGGCUCGCAAACCGCGCCAUCAAAUCGAUACCCGUUUCGGAGCUCGCCUGCCUACCAGACGUAUCGCCCACAACAUUUUAUCUGGAACUGGCCGAAGGGAAGAACGUAUCUCUGCAGUGUCACGUGCAUUCUGUACCGGAAGCGUCAGUCUCGUGGUGGUUCCGGGGGCAGAUCCUGCAGAACAAUACCAUCGUCGCCCCGGGAAUACACUUGAUUUACUUCGUGGAGGAGGGCGCGGAGAACAAGCGCAGCGAACUGUUCAUCUAUAACGCCAACUCCGAAGACAAUGGUACAUUUAUCUGUAAUGCCGAAAACGCCGCUGGAACAUCGCAAUCGAAUUUUACAAUCAAGAUAAUUAUUAAAGAAGAUCCGAUAGUAAUUAUCGUCUCAUUUCCGUUCGAGUAUCUCCUGGCUGCCGCGAUAGGGGCCGUCGCCCUAGGACUCGUCAUAAUCUCUGUUAUCGUGGUAUUGAUUGUGCGAUGUCGGCGAUGGAAACGACACGAAAAAAGAAACAAGGCCAAAGAUGUUACAAUGCAAUGCCAGCAGACCCUGAAAGGCGAGGAAGCUGCCGAGCCUAAUCCACUCAAGGCCAAUUCUGAUGAGGAAAUGACGCUUUACGACGCGCAACCCCGCGAUGAUCGCCCGGUUGUCACCGCUAAUCAGGUCGGCAGCCCCACGUCAUUGGGGCGUUAUCAGCUGGAGCAAAAUCCCGACCUCAUUAACGGGAUGGAGUGCCGUCGCGACGCCUGCUUGCGCCCGGAGAUUUACGAUGGGUGCACGAUGGAUGUACGAUGGGUGGACGCCGAAGGGUACCCCAUCGAUUACGGAUUACCCAAAGUACCCGAUCAAUCAGCCAGCUUCUACCGAACGCUGCCGUGCAAUAGGCUCAAACGACAGUCUGCUAAUUCCAGGAGCAGAUACUCCCAGGAAGCGGAAUUUCUCGCCAGAGCUUCCAUCUCGUCAUCCCUUUACGAUCAUUACCAUACUGACGUCCGUUACACGGCUGAUGGCUAUCCAGUGCCGUCAAAUGACGUCGCCCCAUCAUCGCUUCCAUGCUGUUCGGUGCAGUGGCCGACUUGUGUUCCCGCUAACCUCCACAUGGUUAACAACAAUCCGAACGACAUGUUCCAUGAUGCGGCCAGAUUACCACCGGGGGCGAUUAUCAAGCGGUGCGUUAGUGCACAAACGGAAGACGCCGACGAUCAGACUAAGAUUGAUUCAAAUGCAAUCAGCUCGCGAAACAAUUCUGCCAAUGAAGCUUUAACUGAAAGUCCGGAUGAAGGUUACGAGGGAGAACCAUCUGUUGUAUAGUGUCUUUAUUAAAUAUUUUUCUUUCACUCUUCACGCGUAGAAAGGGAUCUAACACAGAUAGGAAAACUCAAUCACAGGGUAACAUUUAUUUCAUUUAGCGAGAUUUUUUUUAUUAUCCUCAACAAUGCGAUUAGUCCGGCUGUACAUAUUACUUAUCACUAAGUAAGUAGAUGAAAAAGAAUUAGGAAUUUUUACGAAAGUUUUUAAACGGCAAAUCGUUUUUGUAUUAGUUAAGCAAUAUCUUUCUAUGUGA